AGUCAGUAAAAAAGGCAGAUAAACGUUAGUAAACGGUGUUAAGUGGGGGUGGAGGCCGCUCGUCUUCACUUUUGUGAGCACGUCAGCCUUGUGUUUAGUAGCUUUCACCCCGUUAAAGCGACGGUGUGCACGUGUCAGCGAGACAACAGGGACGUUAGAUAUUUACAUCAAGCGGAGCGACUUCAACUUCACUCAAGUUUACUGGGACUUUUUCUGAAGACUGCAUGCUGGAGCUUGAAGGUAACUUCCUGUAGACCCAUUUACAGAGAGGGGAAAACAGCCAGUUCACCCACCUUCAUCAUACUGGAAGCUGCAGGAUAAUAACAUGGCUGCAAGAUCUCCCAUUCCUCUGAUGCUUCUUGCAACGUGUUGUCUGACGUCUGCAGGGCCUUUGUCUCGCAGCCCAUGUGAGCUGCUGCCAGUGGGGACAGGACACCCAGUGCAAGCCUUCCUGCAGAGCUUCACCAUCAUGUCGGGAUGUGCAAGCAGAGGCACUGCCAGCCUGCCUCAGGAGGUGCACAUCAUCAACCUGAAAGGACAUGCUUCAGAUGGACCAGACAACACUCCUGUAAAAGUUGAGCUACAUUUGAAGCCCAUCCAGUCCAUGCUGCACCACCAGAAGCCCCUGGUCUUUGUGCUUAACUCCCCCCAACCACUCAUCUGGAAUGUCAAGGCGGAGAACCUGGCGCUGCACAUCAAACAUACCUUUCAUGUAUCACAGGGCUCAGAGGUCCACCUCAAGCCGGGAAACUUCUCCCUCUCCGUCCAGAUCCUGGAGGAGACCCUACCCCACGGCAACGAGCACCUCCUCAACUGGGCCCUGAAGAAGUACAGGGCAGUCACCUCUUUCUCUGAGCUCAGGAUGACUCAAGCCAUCUACAUCAAAGUUGGAGAAGAUCCUGUCUUUUCUGAAACCUGCAAGAUUGACACCAAGUUCCUGUCUUUGAACUACCUGGGCAGCUACGACGAGCUGCAGACAUCUAAAGGUUGUGUCCUGUCUGUGCCCGGGAGAGGCCGAGAAGUCCACAUCAUUGAGCUGCAGGCCCCAAACUCCAGCAGUGCUUUCCAGGUGGACGUCAUCGUGGAUCUUCGACCUCUGAAGGACGACGAUCUGGUGCAGCGUGACGUCGUCUUGCUGCUUAAAUGUGUGAAGUCGGUUAACUGGGUCAUUAAAGCCCACAAUGUGAUGGGGAAGCUGGAUGUUGUGGCCUCUGAUACCGUGAGUGUUAACUCACAGAUGUCGGUGUCAAAAUCCCCCAAACAGCACCUACCAUCAGGACCACAGGCGCUGAUCAGCUGGGCGCAGGAGCGCGGCUACGGUCCAGUCACGUCUUACACAAACACUGCUAUGGCUAACUUCUUCAGCAUCCGACUGAGAGAGCCAGAUGUGGUAGAUUCCCUAGAGAGCAAACUUCCUCCAGAGCUGUCCAUCUUGCGUAAUUCCAAUCCUCAGCCCAGAGCCGGACCUGCGUUGCGACAGUCUGGUCCUACUUUUCCAUUCCCUCCAUCCUUCCCUGACGGUCUUCCCUCUGGCCCCGACGACCAGCUCUGGGAGGACGAGGAGUUUGAGGAGCAGAGGGGUGUACUGAGCGCUGGGCUCAGCGUGCAGUGCGAGGACAAGAGGAUGGUGGUCAGCAUCGACAAAGAGAGCCUGCAGGCCAGUGGCUUUGCUCAUGCCAACCUGACGCUGCAGGACCCACAAUGCAAAGCAACAGUCAAUGCCACCCACUACACGCUGGAAACUUCUCUGACUGGUUGUCUAACCAACGUUUUUCACAUGCAAGAUAGAUCAAUGGCUCUUUAUAUCAAUGCUGUCUUGAUAAGCCAUGCUGAGGGUAAGGAUGGGAGCGGUGGGCCGCUGGACUUUGAGGAUAUGGAAUCAGAUGACUUGCUGUCCCUGAAGGAUCCACCCGAGUCGGGAAUGUUUUCAGAGCAAAGACGGCGCCUGUCAACCAUCAACUUUAACUGCACAUACUGGAAGGACCAUGGGAUCCCAGAAACUUCUGUCACGACUCCUCCUGGACCAGGCGGCCAGUCUGUCAACAACAUGACUUUUAACAUGGAGGUGUACAACACGAUGCCAACCGGAGAUCCAUCACUUCAGGCCUUCGUCAUCGUCUCACAAAACGAUCACAUAAUUGUGGAGGUCACAUCAACCACAUCAAACCCAGACGUGGGCUUCACCAUCGUAUCAUGCUUCAUUUCUCCUGACUCUGACCCCCGCAAAGAGCUCUCAGACUCACAGUCCCUCAGACUCAUUGAGACAGUUUGUCCCAAAGAUGACUCCGUCAAAUUCGUCUCUCACAGGGACGAGAAUAAAAAGAGUUUCAGCUUCACUUUCAGCUCGAAGCUCAACAGUCCGAUUCUGUUCCUGCACUGUGAGAUGUCUCCGUGCUCUAAGAGAUCUCAGAGGAACCAAGACCUGCCACCGUGCCUGAGAGCCAGUGACCCCUGCGAUUCUGUUCCUGUGACCAGCAUCAUGACGAUGAUGAUGAACACCAAGGUGCGCACGAAGAAUCUGCUUGUGGUUGGCCUGAACGGUCCAGAUGAAAACCCUUCAGAUCUUCCAAACCCUACGAAGCCUGAAACAGCGAUGUAUGUGCUGGACACUCGAACAUUGCUGGGCAUCACCUUUGCAGCCUUUGUGAUCGGAGCCCUGUUGACUGGAGCGCUGUGGUGCAUCUACUCACACACAGGUGGGACAGCUGGCAAGCAGCCAGUCCAGAAGCCCCCGCUUGCCUCGGAGAACAGCAGCCAAGCUCCCAGCAUCGGCAGCACGCAGAGCACGCCAUGCUCCAGCAGCAGCACGGCGUAGCCGAGGACGCCGCCCUGCUGCACCACCUGAGAGGCAGAGAGAGAGACUGGGUAGUCAACCAGAGAAAAAGAAGACACUUCUAGUUUUUGUCUGCAACUGGUGACACUUCCCGUGUGUGCAGACAGAUGUUCUGUCUGAAUGUUGGUGGGGAGGACCAGAUGCAGCCUCACCUCGGCCGUAGGAGACUUUCCUUUAAAUCCAAAUGCUGCUUUUCUCUGACAACAUCCCAGCCUGUUUCCACCUUUAGUAGUUUGAUUUAUGGAGCACACCAAGCAGGUGUUCUCCAUGAGUGAGCAAAGGCAUCACGACUGCAGCGAUGAGAAAGUAAUAAUGUUGAUGGCUGGAUCGUGACACGUUACUUUGAGACACGCAACCCAGAAAGUAAUUAAGGAUCCGAACAACCACUAUUAGAAUGAGGACAAAUGUGCAGUAUGAACGAGUCAUCGUCUUGAUGCGGAGAUGGGCCUUUUAGAGAAUGGUGGAGGAAAUGAAUGUAUAGCGGCAGAGCAAACGCCAAAAAAUGUGAAAGAAAAAUGUGAAAGAUGCAGACAGAUUUCCAUUUUUAUAAUCAUUUAAAUCUUUUAUAAUCAAGUCAUGCAAACAAGUAGGAAAAUAUACUUUAGAUACAGCAGUAAACUGGAGUUCUUGGAUGGAUUUCUUUCUACUAACAGAAUGUACACCACCAGCAGACAAAUCAGGAUUUCAAUAAACUCCCUACAUUAUCAUAGAUUUUCCUCAUUUCUAAACUCUCGUUGACUCCAUAAUGGAUUCAUAGCACUCUGUUCGCUAGUUCAGAGAUCUGAAGAAUGGUGGAAAAUGAAAUCUGAAUAUUUGUUGAGUUUCUGCUCCUGGAUUUGCGAACAUGAGUGGCUCAAUGGAAACUAGGAUGCCACAUUAACAGAGAAAACACCUUGUUCCUUUAUUGUCACUGUAAAAAGUUAAGUCAAACUUUAAGAUCCAUAAACAGCAUGGUCCAUCAUAGUUCCAGCCAGUGUCCCAGACUAAGCUAGCAGUCGCAUUUCUAACCAAGUAGAUGCCUGAGAUAAACCAUGAGAUUGUUUUUACAAAGGAAAAUCUGCAUUCAGGAGACUUCUUAGAUGCAUAGAUGUAGGUUCUCUGUGUAGUUUACAUCUGAUGACAUUACAUCAGUUUGCAUUACGAGACAUGAAGUGAGCACUGCAGCUGCCUUUGGGACUAGCUGGACCUCAAUCUGCCUCAUUCCAGGCAGAAUCCACAAUAUUCUUCUGGUCUUAGUGAAGGGCUGCAAUCCCAUUUUGAAUGUUAAAUAAUUUCCAUGAAUCUUUUAUGGCGAUCAGUAAGGCUACUUUCUCUGUUUAGGAGUUUGGCUCUCGGUUGUGCACUUACUGUGUGAUGAUGUAGCUCAGAAAUCCAUCUAGUCCUACUGUGUUCAGAUUGGCCAUUUACUUACUCACUAUUCAUCUGUCUUAUAAUCUUCACCAUGUAGAGGCCUCAACAAGUGAGGCACGGCUGAUGCAUUUUAGACGAUACAAGAAUAUAAUGAAUAUAUAUUCAGUUUCAUAAACAAAAAACAGCACAAGAUAGCCACAGCUCUAAUAUGACCGUUUCUAAUCACAUAUAUGAGUAAUGUUGCCCACAAAAAGCCAUUGGGUAUGCCUUAAAGUAAAACCAAAAGGACAAAUAUGUGUAAAGGAAAUCCGUAGAGCCACUGUUGUAGCUAACAGACAGCUAUUUCAGUAACUAGCUACACUACAACAUAUUUAACAUCCUUACUGUUUGGACUGAACAUGUGAAGUUUCAGUAUAGAAAAAUAAACUGGUCAGUUUGUGGUUGAGACAUGGUUAUGCUCAAUGAACUUUUUAAUUUGUACUGAAAAUGCAAAUAUUAGCAUAUAAUAUUUAGCAAACGAUGUUAGCAUAAUCUAUGAUCUGCAUAGCUGCUGGCCCCAGGCCGCAGUGCAUGAUGUGGCCCAAUCUUGUGCACAGUUCAUGUGAUGAGUUUGUAGUACAUUAUGAAGCGUAUAAAGUUUUUUUUUUUUUUCUGUCCAAAUUUCAAACAGCAGCAGAACAAUGUCUGACUCACUGUUUUUACUGUAAAUGAGUGGACAGUUUGAACACAGUCUUCAUGUCCUCCAUGUUAUUUUCACAUUUUAAAAUGAGGAGACGUGCUUGAAUUCUUCCUAAACACGUGUUACAAUAAUCGAUCAUUCUGUCAUGUCUGUGUGUAACUUACAAUGCUGGAUCCACUGUGUGACUAGCCUAGCUUAGCCUAAUACGUUACAUAGCCAGUUCAGAGGAACGGUUGAACGUUGUUUUAAAGAUGGUUUCAGCAGAAAAUUCAAAAACACCAAACAGCCAGCCAGAAUUUUGUUCAGAUAAUUAGUGAGUUUGAAAUAAAGAUGGUUAUUUUUUUAAAUGACAAUAAACCCAAGCAUGAGAUGGUUAGCUUAGCUUAGCAUAAAGACGCGAUAGCUGCUCAUCCGUCCUGCUUCUUUAUUUAAAAAAAAAAAAAAAAAAAGCUCAGUAUUUACAGAUCACACCUGUCAACAUCUCAAAACAUUUUCUUUUUAAAAUUUUUUUACUUCUCUCUGAGCUGGCUAUUAUCAGUCUGGACGCUAAGCUAAGCUAAUUAGCUUCCAUCAGACAUGAGCUUUUAACCUCAGCUAACUCUGAGAGAAAGUUAAUAUGUUUUCUGUAAAAAAAUUACUUUUUUGUGAAUAUUGUAAAUAUUCAAGACCGUUAUGAGGCAGUGAGUGUGAAACUUUCUCUUUAUUUGACAGAAUUAGCAGUGUGAGGUUAAUAUUGUUUUUGAAAGUAAUAAAAUAUGAUUCAGUGUUGAUUGAAAGAAUUAACUGAGGCGAUAUUUGCUGAACAUGCUGAUAAAUCAUGGCUUUGCUGACAUAAAUUGAAUUAGUCACAUUGGAGAUGCUAACUAUGAAUUAUGGCAGCGUCUCUGGAUGAAAUGAUUAACUAUGUGAGAAUAUUCAGCUGUUUUAUCAGACAGAAUACAAGAUUUUUUUUUUAUAUUUCCUCUAUUUUGGGGUCUUUUUAAGAAGGCGAGCAAGCAUACGGUGUUUGAAUUUCCUUAUCCCACUUGUUUUUGUUUAAAUCUUGGCACUGACCGUGUUGAAUAAGCUGUAGCCAAAACUCAUUGUUUCGAACGUAUAUUUUCUACGAGGCAAUGAUCGCCCCACCGUCUCAGAAGAAUAUGAAUGUUCAUUGAAUGUGUGAGUGAGGGUCAAUCUGGGGCCUGUUAACUGUGUUUCUGAUUAAAAGUAAAAGUUAAAAAAAAAAAAGAAUGUUUAUUAUCUCAAAGUUUUGGAUCUUUCUUUACUUUUGUAAACUUGUAUAAACCUUUUUACAGAGUAUGGAUAUAUUUGUGUAAAAAAUAUAUAUUUUAAAAAUUAUUUACCAGAAAAAUUUAUUAUGUGUUUGUAAGUACUGUGAAUUAUGGAAAAUAUGUUUUGGGGACAUUUUUUCUCAAAUGUCCGUUUUAGUCUUGUGCCAUGUUUUUUAAGAGAUGAUUAAAAUGAGGUAUUAAUAAUCAUAUAUAUAUAUAUAUGAUUAUUAAUACCUCAUUUUGUUUUUUUAUUGAAUGAUGUGUCUUUUAAAGCAUGCUAAAAGUGUAUUAUGGAUUUCAAACCACACAUACUUAUUAUACAUGUGGUAUUUGGGUGUCAUGCCAGUUUCUGUACUUUGCAAUACUGAUUCAUUAUUGAAGAUGCUGAAUAUUGAGUCUUCAUUUUUUUUAUAUAUACAUAGCAAAACACUGCAGUAAAGAAUGUAAAUUGGAUUUAAGUUUCAAGUUGUGGAGGACAAGCUACUGCAAUAAAUAUAAUUCUAUGUAAUAUUACAUUAGUAAAGCUGGCUACUCUCGGAUCCCUGACUCAUUUUAAUAAUGACUCAUAUUAUCCCCUUUUAACAAUGUAAAUGUGAAACUAACUUGUUUCCAGCCUCCAGAGUGCUGCAGCCUUUAAUAAGCCGUCAUAUUAAAGCUUUCUGGCCUUCCUGUCGUUUGGGGCUUUCACUUAUUGACUGUGGCAAAUCUGAAUCCCACAUGUAAUUAUCCCUCCCUCCUCUUGUGCUGUGGAGUGGCUGAGUCUCGUGUAAUGAGCUGGAUCUGAUGUUCACAUUUAAGACACGUUUGGGGGAUAUUCCUAAAACUUCAGUGCAGUUCUUCUGUUCAAAUGUAGAUUUUCUUGCCCAGUGGAUGCUGGGAAAACUCCUGCCGUGUCUCCCCUCGUAAUGUUAUCAGUAUGAUCAGAAAAGCUGAAAUUGGAGCACAAAUCCACAUCUCUGUUGAUUAUUAUCCUUUUUUUUGCCUGUAAACUACCUCAGAUGAUUUUGUGAAUGUGUUAUUUGUGUGUCUGUGCUAUAAAUUAUACUGCAUUUAUGAUUUGAGGGCCCCAUCUUUGUUUUCCUGCAGUUAAGAUUUAAAUUCCGCUGAGAUGAAAUUAAACACCAGUUCACACCAACCGUGGGUUGUUUUGGGAUGUUUGUAAAUGUUUUAAACUCAAGUUAGCCGUUAUCGCUUCCUUUGUUUAUGAAACCUUUUAUAUGCUGUAAAUAUGCAUGACAUUUGUAUUCCCGUAAUGGCAAAUAAAGUUUUUCAUGACAAUC